AUGGCCGCAGUGCUGAAUCUAAUUCUAGCCAUCUCAUGGCUGCCUCUCAUUUAUGCACAGUCUGAUAGCCAAAGCAGUAGUACGGAGACACCAACAAGUACAUCGUCCUCGGCUGCGAAUGCUGUCCAUACUGUUGAUGUCGGGGAGCAUGGUCUCUCAUUUGAUCCAGAUACUCUUUCAGUGUCCCCCGGAAGCAAAGUCGAGUUUCACUUCUACCCAAGCAUCCAUUCAGUGACUCAGGCUGCCUUCUCCAACCCGUGCCAUCCGCUGAACCAGUCGAGUUUCUUCAGCGGGUUUAUUACAGCCACAGACGGAGAAUCCUCUGAGGUCUUCACAUUGACCGUUAACGAUACCAGCCCUAUCUGGUACUACUGUGGCGAAGUUGGACACUGCCAGGCUGGCAUGGUCGGGGUCAUCAAUCCUCCACGCAAUAGCCGAGAUACUCUUGAUGCAUUCAGGUCGGCAGCAAAGAAUACAGAAAAUUCUACGGUACCGGCUGCGGUUGGAGGUGGCACAUUAGGAAAACCGAGCACUGCGUCCACGACGAGCAGCGCGUCCUCCCAGACGACAACGUCCAGUGGCUCCUCCACUAGCAGUGCUACGACAAGCUCGAGUUCGACUUCGACUUCCACUUCUACUUCUACUUCCACGUCGAGUCCAAGCCCGUCCCCGACAAGUGAGGGGUCAAGAUUUUGCUCUUGGUCAUCUCUUAGUAUCGUCAUGCUCCUGUCCGUUUCUAUGGCCAUGCUUAUGUCCUAG